AUGGCGACCCCGGACGACUCGGGUUUCCUCUAUCGAACGCUUCGUACCGUUAUCGGAACGAGUACAUUGAGCGACCCGUUCGUGAGUGAUCCGUUAGUGAGUGAUCCGUUAGUGAGUGAUCCGUUAGUGAGUGAUCCGUUAGUGAGUGAUCCGUUAUUGGCUGAUUUGUUAUCGACGACGCCCGAGAUUGUGGAGUUCUGCCGGUUCGUUGAAGCGUCGGAGCAGCAGGAGAAGCCGGCACGGGCGGAGGUGGUGGGGCGAACGAAUGACCACCCUCAACCUCGUGCUUUUGCAACCCCGUCCCUUUCCCAACACCAGAGAUCGUGGAGUUCUGCCGGUUCGUUGAAGCGUCGGAGCAGCAGGAGAAGCCGGCACGGGCGGAGACGGUGGGGCGAACGAAUGACCACCCUCAACCUCGUGCUUUUGCAACCCCGUCCCUUUCCCAACACCACACCAGAGAUCGUGGAGGCGUCGGAGCAGGGGAAGCAGGCGCGGACAGAGGCAGCGGUGGGGCGGGUGGGGGGUGUCACUGAGAGGACGGCACAGGGCACCAACACGUACAGCCACUGUGGUGUUCCCAUCACUCUCCUGCCCUUCUCAUACACCAGAGAUCGUGGAGUUCUGCCGGUUUGUGGAGGCGUCCGAGCAGGAGAAGCAGGCGCGGGCGGAGGCAGUGGGGCGGAAAUCGUGGAGUUCUGCCGGUUUGUCGAAGCAUCGGAGCAGGAGAAGCAGGCGCGGGCGGAGGCGGUGGGGCGGGUGACAGCUGUCAUCCACAGCAUCUGGGCGCACUGCCACGUGGAGGUGUUUGGUUCGUACGCCACGGGCGUGUACCUGCCGACCAGUGACGUGGAUAUGGUAGUGCUGCACUCGGGCUGCCCGGACGUGCAGAGGGCGCUGAGAGCAUUGGCAAAGGCGCUGGUGGGGAGGAGAGUUGCACGGAACAUGAAGGUCAUCGGGCAAGCACGAGUGCCGAUCAUCAAGUUCCUGGAGAUUGAGAGUGGAGUGUCAUUUGACAUCAGUUUCGAUACGUCCAACGGACCUGAGACUGCCAAGUUCAUCCUAGCUCUGCCCCACCCUCCCCUCCCCUCCCCUUCCUUCCCCUCCCCUCCCCUUCCUUCCCCUCCCCUCCGCCCCCCCGAACUUGCUCCUCCCAGUUUCGAAACGUCCAACGGACCAGAGACUGCCAAGUUCAUCCGGAAAUCCAUGAAGGCCAUGCCAGCACUGCGACCCAUCUCUCUGGUGCUCAAGCUUUUUCUCCAGCAGAGGGGCCUCAACGAGGUGUUCACAGGGGGGAUCGGCUCGUACGCCCUGCUGGUCAUGAUCAUGGCACAUCUACAGACCCACCACAGCCGCUUUUCAAGUGGGAAGCUAGAGCAGAACCUGGGCGUGCUGCUGAUUGACUUUUUCCACUUGUACGGGCGUGGCCUGAACACAAUAGACGUGGGAGUGUCGGCGCGGCAUGGGGGGAGGUUCUUCGUCAAGAGGGAUAGAGGCAUGGUGCAGCAGAAUCGCUUCAUGCUGGCAGUGGAGGAUCCCCAGAUGCCCAGCAACGACCUGAGCAGGGGCAGCCACAACAUCCACAAUGUCCGCCUUGCCUUUCAGCGAGCUCACUACCUGCUCACCACGCCCACACUCCCUACCUCCAGUCGCUCUCAAUCUCAAACCAAUGCUGCUGGUGCUGCUUCUACUUCUGCCAGCAGUGCCAGCGGCAGCCUGCUGGCUAGGCUGAUACGUCUUGAGUCAGCCAUUGCGAAUAGACCGCCCCCACCUAGAAUGGUGCCGCCACCACUUGUGGGAAACCGUGGAAUGGGGAGUGAUAGUGCUGCUGCCACUGCUGCCGCUGCUGCCGCUGCUGUUGGCACUGCUAUUGCUGCUGGUGGUGCUUCUGCUGCUGGCAGUACUGCUGCCACUGCUCCUGCUGCUGCUGCGGUCAAGGCUAAGAAAGGAAGAAAGAAGAAGGAUGUUGCAGCAGCCGCUGCGACGGAGGGAAAUGAAGCAACAGCAGCAGCAUUGGAAGGGCCAACAGAAGGGGUUGGCCUGCGCGAGAAGAAGACUAAGAAGGGGAGGCGGGGCGAGAAGAGUGAGGAAAGGAAGGAUGGUGGGUUGAAGCAGGGUGGAGUGAUAAGCAGCUGUGAUGCAGAAAGGGAGGGGCAAGCAGAAGCGGUUGGCCUGGGCGAGAAGAAGACAAAGAAGGGGAGGCGGGGCGAGAAGGGUGAGGAAGGGAAGAAUGGUGGGUUGAAGCAGGUUGAAUUGGUAGAAGAGGCGGAGGAUUCGGGUGAAAUGAAGAGAAAAGGGGCCAAGAAGGAAAGGAGAGAGAAGGAAAGGAGAGCGAAGGAGGAGGGAGAGAAGGGAAGGGAGGAUAUAGAGGGGAGUGGUGGUGCUGAGAGGAUGGACGGUGGGGAGGAUGUGGGUGUGCAGAGUGUGGGUGGGGAGAGGAAAGAGAGGAAGGGAAAGAAGCGGAAGGUGUUAGUAGAUGAGACGCAGGCUGAGGAGAGGGAGGAGAGGGAGGAAGAAGGGGAGGGAGUUGAAGCGGAGGAGAAGAAGAAUGGGUUUAAAGAGAUGGCGGAAAGGGAUGAGGGGAUGGAAGAGAGGGAGGAUUUGGAGGAAGAGGGGAGGGAGGAUAGGGAGGAAAGGGCAGAUGGAGGAACAAAACAGGAGGGGGAGGAGAGGGAGGAGAGAGCGCGAAAUGGGAAGGGCAAGAGAGUGAGGGAGGGGAAGAGAAAGAGGGAUGAAAAGAAGAGGCUGCGGGAGGAGACUCAGAAGGAAGCAGUCGAAAACAAUGCAGCUGAGACAGGAGGAGAAGGGGUUGCAGAGCGGUCAAGAAUGGUGGUGAGGGAGAGAGAUGGCAGUUUGGAGGUGAGAGGAGUGGAGAGUUUGAGGGGAGGAGAUGAGGAAGAGAGCCUUCCUAGAGGGGGGGGCAAGGCGAGUGGUGUUGGUGGUGAUGAUGAUGAGGGCGAGGGUGGGAGGCGGAAACGGAAGAGGGAGAAGCGGGGGCGAGCGUUCAUGGAUAUGCUAGGAGUGAGUGAUAAUGGCAGCAAGUGA